AUAGCAGGGGAGGCUGGUUCGGGUUUUGAUGCCGCCGCCAAGAAGAGGGUCUUCUUCCUCGUCCUCACGCUCCUCGCCGGCGACGACGUCGGCCGCCGGCUGCUCCCCUCUUCUUCUUUCUCAGAAAAUGAUCCUGCUUGGUACACUGCUAAGGCUCAGGAUGAGAAUGCUGAGGAAACUAGAGUAUUUUUACCGAUUUGCAAUAGUAGUUGUUGGAAGGCCAAUAGUUCUGGUAACCUUUGAGCUGAUACAAACUUUCCUGCAUACGUCCGAGUGGAAGAAACGCUAUGCGACCCUCAUCACCUUUGCCCAGAGAGCUGAGCUUUAUUCAAAGAUGAUGUCACAAAGUCUGGAGUAAGUGGUGAACAUGCUCCUACCAUCCUUUCAAGAUACCCAUGCCCGUGUUCGUUGGGCAGUAAUUGAGGCUAUGAGCCAAUUCUCCACUUAUUUGCAGUCAGAUAUGCAAGCCAAGUAUUAUCAGAUGGUGCUUCCGGCAUUGGAAUUAGUAAUGAAUGAUUUUCAAAAUCAUCAUGUGCAGGUAAGUAUUUUGGAAAAUAUUAAACUUUGACUUCCUUAGUUCUGAGUAGAAUUAUAAAUAUGAUCAAGCAUGCAUGUGACUGACUUUUGAAUUUCUUGCUACUUUUGUUUGCAUUUUUCCGAAAGACAAGUUUAAUCUAUAUCUUCUGUUGGAGUCAUUUAUUGCUACCAUAGUUGAGAAGUUUAAUAUUGGGAUUCAAGUUAGUUA